UGCAACGGGUGUUCUGGCUGUGUUGCCCGUACGAUUGUUCAGUCCUGGUGCUGCCUUUUGGUUUUGGUUUCUAACAGUCUGUUCUCUCUUCUCCCCGACCCACCACAGAGUUCUACCUUGUAAAUACUGUUAUUUGUAUAUACUGUAAAUGAUGACAUCGGUGGGCACUAACCGAACCCGGGGGAACUGGGAGCAGACACAGACACAGAGCCAGAUGCAGCACAAGCAGCGGCCGCAGGCCACUGCGGAACAGAUUCGACUGGCACAGAUGAUUUCGGACCACAACGAUGCUGACUUUGAGGAGAAGGUGAAACAACUGAUUGACAUCACAGGCAAGAACCAGGACGAGUGUGUGAUUGCUCUGCAUGACUGCAACGGGGAUGUCAACAGAGCCAUCAAUGUGCUGCUGGAGGGCAAUCCAGACACGCAUUCCUGGGAAAUGGUCGGGAAGAAGAAGGGUGUCUCAGGACAGAAGGAGAGUGGACAGACAGAGCCCAGUGAAGAAAGCAAAGAAAACCGGGAGCGGGAGCGGGAUUUCAGCAGACGACGUGGCGGGCCACCCAGGCGGGGGCGAGGUGCCAGCCGUGGAAGAGAGUUUCGGGGCCAGGAGAAUGGACUAGACGGUGGGAAGAGUGGAGGAUCUUCUGGAAGAGGCACAGAAAGAGGGAGACGGGGACGUGGCCGAGGCCGAGGUGGCUCUGGACGGCGAGGGGGAAGAUUUUCUGCCCAAGGCAUGGGAACUUUCAACCCUGCUGACUAUGCUGAGCCAGCCAGCACAGAUGAGAACUAUGGGAAUAGCAACAACAACACGUGGAACAACACUGGGAGCUUUGAGCCGGACGAUGGCACAAGACUUGAUUUCAUUGGGGGUGAGGGGUCAAAUUAUCCCCGAAAAUUUGACACUGCUCCUGGUGCGUGGAGGGCAGCCACAGAAGAAUGGGGCACGGAGGACUGGAAUGAAGAUCUAUCGGAGACAAAGAUCUUCACUGCCUCCAACGUGUCUUCAGUGCCUCUGCCUGCUGAGAAUGUGACAAUCACAGCUGGACAAAGGAUCGAUCUUGCAGUCCUGCUAGGAAAGACACCGUCUUCUAUGGAGAACGAGUCAACGAACCUGGAGUCAUCCCAGACUCCUUCUCUGGCCCAGCCACUGGUGUUCAGCAAUUCCAAGCAGACUGCUCUGCCCCAGCCUGCCUCUGGAAACUCCUUCUCUCACCACAGCAUGGUGAGCAUGCUGGGGAAAGGGUUUGGAGAUGUCGGGGAGGCCAAAGGCAGCAGUACCACAGGGUCUCAGUUUCUGGAGCAGUUCAAGACAGCCCAGGCGUUGGCUCAGCUGGCAGCUCAGCACACCCAGCCUGCUGGGAGCACCACUGCUGCUUCCUGGGACAUGGGAUCCACCACGCAGACCUCGUCUCUGGUGCAGUACGAUCUCAAGAACCCAACAGAUUCUUCCGUGCAUAGUCCCUUCACUAAGCGACAGGCCUUCACGUCAACCUCGACCAUGAUAGAAGUGUUUAUGCAGGAGAAACAGCCUGUGGUGACGACCUCCACAACCACACCGGCACCCCCAUCCUCUCCGCUGCCCAGCAAAACCAAUCCUGUGCCCCAGAUGUCCCCAGGGUCCUCGGAUAACCAGUCCUCAAGUCCCCAGCCAGCACAGCAGAAGCUGAAGCAGCAGAAGAAAAAAGCAUCAUUAACAUCAAAGAUUCCUGCACUUGCGGUGGAAAUGCCUGGCUCGGCGGAUAUCUCAGGGCUAAACCUGCAGUUUGGGGCGUUGCAGUUUGGUUCGGAGCCUGUUCUCGCUGAGUACGAGUCGACGCCCACAACCAGUGCUGCCGUUAGCCAGUCUCAGAGCAGCCUGUACACCAGCACGGCCAGUGAAUCUUCAUCCACGAUUUCAUCCAAUCAAAGCCAGGAGUCUGGUUACCAGAGCGGCACAAUACAGACAGCAACAUUUACCUCCCAGAACAGCGCUCAGGGACCACUGUAUGAACAGAGAUCCACCCAGACGAGGCGAUACCCAAAUUCCAUCUCCUCCUCGCCCCAAAAAGAUCUGACCCAGGCUAAGAAUGGUUUCAGUUCUGUACAGCCCACGCCGUUACAAACCACACAGGCCGUUGAAGGUGCUACAGGCCCCGCAGUGAAAUCCGAUUCCCCCUCUGCUCCCAGUAUCACACCUCUCAGUGAUGGGGUGUCUGCGUCGUCCUUGCUGACAACAGCCAGCCAACACUCGACAGCUCUGAGCAGCCUGAGCCACAGCGAGGAGCUCCCCAGUACAACCACUGCCCAGCUCAGCAGUGCGUUGCCCACCCAGCAGAACAGUCUGUCCUCAUCCACAUCCUCUGGGCGAACAUCAACUUCAACUCUCCUGCACACGAGUGUGGAGAGUGAAGCGAGCCUCCAUUCUUCUGCUAGCACUUUCUCCACCUCCUCCAGCACGGUGUCGGCCGCGCCGCCGGUGGUCAGUGUUUCAUCCAGCCUCAGCAGCGUCAGCAGCCUGGGCCUCAGCCUCAGCAGCAACUCCACGGUGACGGCCUCCACUCGAAGCUCUGUCGCAACAACAUCAGGAAAAGCCCCUCCUAAUCUCCCUCCUGGAGUCCCACCGUUGUUGCCUAAUCCAUACAUCAUGGCUCCAGGGUUGCUACAUGCCUAUCCACCACAGGUGUACGGAUACGAUGACUUGCAAAUGCUCCAGACGAGAUUCCCAUUGGAUUACUACAGCAUCCCAUUCCCCACGCCCACCACCCCGCUGACUGGAAGAGAUGGCAGCCUGAGCAGCAAUCCGUACUCUGGUGACUUAACAAAAUUUGGCCGAGGUGAUGCCUCUUCUCCUGCUCCUGCAACAACUCUGGCACAGCCUCAGCAGAGCCAGACCCAGACCCAUCACACCACGCAGCAGACGUUCCUGAACCCGGCGCUGCCUCCUGGCUACAGUUACACCAGUCUGCCGUACUACACAGGGGUACCAGGGCUCCCAAGCACCUUCCAGUAUGGGCCCGCCGUGUUCCCUGUUGCUCCUACCUCUUCCAAGCAGCAUGGUGUGAAUGUCAGCGUCAACGCAUCAGCGACCCCUUUCCAACAGCCCAGUGGCUACGGCUCUCAUGGGUACAGCACUGGUGUAUCCGUGACAUCCAGUAAUACAGGCGUGCCGGACAUCUCGGGCUCUGUCUACUCCAAAACUCAGCAAUCCUUCGAGAAGCAGGGAUUUCACACUGGAACCCCGGCAGCCUCCUUCAACCUGCCUUCGGCACUGGGCAGUGGUGGACCCAUCAACCCUGCGACGGCGGCGGCGUAUCCCCCCACCCCCUUCAUGCACAUCCUGACCCCGCAUCAGCAGCCGCACUCGCAGAUCCUCCACCACCACCUGCAGCAGGACGGGCAGCUUCCAUAUUUGCAGAUGAUACUGUGCUGCCAACGCCAGCAGGAAGAUCAGAGCGGCUCCGGGCAGCGCAGCCAAGGCAGCUCCAUCCCCCAGAAAUCCCAGGCCAACAAAUCCGCCUACAACAGCUACAGCUGGGGUGCCAACUGAGGCCGGGCCCCCCCCACCACCACUUUGCUUCCGGAAGAGAAUCCCAGCUACCCCGAUGAUGCCGAAGGAUCCCAGGGAGGAGAGAGCCCUGUGGUGGGGAGCGCCCAGGCCCCCAACCCCGGCAGGGCCCUGCAGGGCAGGCCGCAGGCGCCUCUGCGUUGUCUGUCUUCAGCCACUUUCCUGUUGUAUGUAAUAUAGAAUUUGUAUUUUUUCUUUUUUUUUUUUCCUUUUUUUUUCUCUCUGCAUUCAGAUCUGAACCGUUUGCCGUAGGGGCCUUUUUUGGUUUUUACUCCUUUCUGUCCCCUCUCCCCUCCUGCUGCCCCAGAACCUCUCAGAUCCAAAGGAGUGGAAGCUGCGAGUCGCCUACAGCAAACCCCCUUAUUAUUAGGAAUAAGACCAGUAAUUGAUAUGAGCAGCAUUGUAAGAUUAAUUAGUUGAAGUGUUUUUUUUGUACCGUGUUCUAAAUUUAAUGGAUAAAUGUGUCUUGUAUAUAAAAACAAAAACCCCA